UGGGAUGGAUGGUAGAGAAGGUCUGCGUAAUGGGCUAGUUGCAUUAGCUUUUACUUUCUUAAUUGCUUUCUUCACUUUUUUAGACUGUACAUUGAGCUUAAGGAAAAGUUUGAGCUGAGUUUUUGUAAUGAAAUUACAGGACUUUUUGUAUUUUAGCAAUUCCUAUGAAUCUUAGGAAUUUCUAAGUGCUAAGUUCUUACACUUUUCCCGUUUUAAAUGGCAACACUUUUGGGUUAUUGUAACCCUGGCUAAGCUUGACAUCUAUUAAAUGAUAAAUGUCAGUAAAUGUCUAGUAAAUUAUCCAACAGAAAUCAUUGUUAAUCGUAAAUCUAAUUCGAGAAAGACAUACGCCCCUCAUAAAGAAAUCAAAAAGAAAAUUUCUCAAGGAACUCAGUAUGGAGAACUUUGAGGAACAGCCGUCUACUAGCAAGGGAAACAGGAAGUCCAGGAAAGACAAAAAAGAUAAAAAGAAAACUGCUGAAACUUAUUCGGCUUACAAAGUUAGCCGCUCUUUAUCUUGUGGCUCGAACAGAAAUGUGCUGCCGACCAAGUUUUGCUUUAACGACUUCGUUUUGGAUUUCGGCACAGACGAGGACUCAGAGCCAAUCCAGGUGCUCCACGACAUUGACUCGGGAUCAGGUUCAUCCAAGACUGCCAAGAUGCGAAGCUCGGGAGCCAAGUCCAAGGUUAAACAGCUACCAAAAGCACGCAAGAUGGGGUCAAAAUCAUCGGUCGAAGUCGAGCGACCGAUACUACAGCCAGACCCCUUGAAUCCUCGGCCUAUUUCGCCCACCAAGCUGCCGUCUUCGAUGGAUAUUUGGAAGAAUUACAAGGCCAUGGUAGAGGGGUCCGUGCUCCCUUCAGAAGCAGAGUGGCCUUUAUGUUGUAUAUUUGGAGAAGUCAGCAGCACUUCCACAGCUUCAAAUCCACCUCCAAAAACAGGGAACUCUCCACAGCCCCCUAAAUCCCCCUUGAAAGAGGUUGAGAGAGAUGUAAAUUCUGAUAUUGAUGCAAUGCUCUACUGGGAAAAAUACGGAAGGGGACAAAACAUUAGACAGGAGGAGGGCAAUAGUAAUGACUUUGAAAAUUACAGAUACACGCGGACUAUUGGGGUUGAGGAAGAGCAGGCCAUGAACGAUUGGAUCGAAGCCGAGGGGCUACGGGAGCCCAUGAGUGACAUGGCAGAGUACGAUAUGCUAUUGAGCUUAGCUAUGGACUACGAUAAGAACAAGGAUCUUCUGUUCCAGAUCUUGAAGCCCGCUAGUCUGGUUAACACGCCCGUAAAGGAAUCAAAGAAAUUUAUACCUCCAAAGAAGAUAUUUUCAGACUUUAAAUAUAACCAAGAAGAGAUCAUUGAAAAGGUGCAACCAGUUUCUGUAACCGCAAAGCCAGGACAAGGCGAGCAACUGAUUGAUCCAGGACUAGGAACAUCUUCAGCCUUUACCAUUAAAGAAAGGGUCAACGUUCCACUACCAUCUACACAACCAGAUCCCAUUAGUUUCGGGAGCGUGAUGAAGAAGGAGGAAAUGAUACCCAAAAGUCCAGGCAAAGCUACCAUUACACUUUCCACUGUUGGCGGGUGGAACAGUUCCUUCACACUUCGCCUCGAAGACUCUGAGAAAACCGUUGAUCCAAAUAUGAAGGAGAACGUGUAUAAGCAGGGCGAGAGUCCAAUCUCUAUCAAUGAUCAGGUGUAUGACUUAAAGGCAGUCGAGAAGUUAAAGAGAACUUUAGAGCUUCCACCAGUACUGAGCAAAGUGGACAAAGUGCAUCCAGAAUAUUCGAAAUUGGAUCUGAAAACGGCUGCCAAUACCCUGAAAUAUGCAGUUUAUAAUAGCACCAUAGAUGUGAUCAAAAUCGAAUAUUCGGCCAACAUUGUGGCCUGGUUAUGGUCCGAUGGCACAGUGUUGAUCAUCAAUGGCCUCGAUGAGGCAAUGCUGUCCGGGGUCCAAAAGAAUCUGGUUGCCAUGUUAAUCGGCAACAGCAACUUCAAGGCUGAUGCCUCCCACAACCUAAUGUACUCACGUCUCAUUUCGUGUGCCUCCUAUCCCUAUAAAAUUUCCCUACCAGAAUUUGGUAUGAUCCAUGUCCUUUCUCGUGGUUCCAACUUUGCUAUGAUGCCGUUUGUCUACUUCGUGGAUAAGGACUUGCCCGGAGUGGCUGCUCGAAUUAAUCAGAGGGGAGUGAUCGAUGUCUUUGCCAUGAUCACGACUCAAGCGGAUGAAAUGCUAAAGAAGCUGUAUGUGAUGACGGCCAACGUUGACCGUUUUCAAGUUUCCAAGUAA